GAAAAAAGAGAAUGUUUAUAGUACUUAGUGUGAAUCAAAGAUGUUAAGUGACAACAUGCUGAAUAAAAAAAUAAAAUUUAUCUGCUUUAUUGUGUUUGCCAUUGGCAUUACUCAUGGAUUACCUUUGCAAAAUUUACCUAAUCUUCCUGGCUACAUUUCUGUAUAUAUUAGACACGACAAUCAGCCGCUAAUAGAGAUAAACCCUAACCUAGCAGAAGCCUUUCAAGAAAAAGUAAAUUAUUUCCAGCAAGGGAAUCUAGGCGUUACUCAAGAGUGAUAAACUAUGCAGUGACUCUUCGCCGUAACUAAUAUUUUACACUACAUUGUUGAGUAUAAGAUGAAAUUGGAAGGACUAUUAACUUUAUGUUUGUCAAAAUGAGAACAUUAUAUUCUUAACGUAAAGCUCGGAACUCAUUUUUUUUUCUUUAAGUGAAUCUUGCUUAGAAUUAUAUAAUAAAAUCAUAUUUACAGUCGAGCCUGAUAGAUAUAUUAGUUUCACAAAUUAACUUUGAAUUAUAUAUAUGGGCAAAUCCACGAAACUUUUAACUUUUGUGAUACUCGAAUCCAACACUUAAAAAUCUGAAUUAUUUUAAAUUAAAACUUAGGGCAUCAUUUUCUGUUGCUUAUAAAAAAUAAAAAGCGCAACAUUUAUUUUUCUGGAUUUUUAUUAAGUCUAAUAUUUUUGUCAAUAAAUGCAAAACACUCGAAAAAUAUUCUACUCAAAUUAAAUGAAUUUUUGAAAAAUA